AUGUCUUCGAUGUACAUCUCAGCAAACCCUGCCAGCUUUCUGGGCUCUCCUGCAAUGUCUGUUGAAAUAAUUGUCCCUACUAUGGGUAAAAGGCCCUGCGCUACAUGCGGCGUCUCCUUCGAUACUGUUGAAGAGCAUCGCGAGCAUGCUAAGAGUCCUUCUCAUCUUCAUAACCUGCAAUUCCGAAUUGCCGUCAACGAUGCGACUCCUCAUAGCAAACUGCGAAAAUGGUCUGAAGCCGACGAACUCUUCAACGAGGAAGCAAAUACUCUCUCCGAGGAUGAAGAGAAUAUUACCGAGCCAGAAGAAGAGUAUGAAGAAGAUUGCGACGAAGUACCUGAGUUUAACCCAGGACGUUGCCUCUUCUGCCAUCACAGAACCUCAUCCUUCGACAAGAACCUGAGCCAUAUGGAGGCCUGCCAUGGCUUCGGCAUCCCCUACCCCAAGUAUCUUACUGUCGAGCCCGAGAACCUGAUCUGGUAUCUUCACUAUGUCAUCUUUGGCUCUUUCCAGUGCAUGUACUGCGAAAAGCAACGAUACACCCUUGAAGCUAUUCAGCAUCACAUGCAGGCCAAGGAUCACUGCCGCUUCCAGAUGACACCUGAGAUGCUGGAAUUCUACGAUGCCGAAGCCAUGGAGAGUAAUGGGAUCAGUAAGCCUUCCGGAGUAAAUGCGAAGAUUCUUAGACGCCAGUCUGGGAAGCCUCUCGUGCAUCGGUCCAAGUCCCCCCUCUCAACAAGAAUGCAAGUCCGCAAGAUGAUGCACAUCAACAAGCGCAAAUCCCUCCCAGCAGGUGUCUUCGCUAACCCUCGGUCGAUCCGAGACACUGAGACCACGCACCCUCUGGACUUCGUGCCGGAGAUGCAGGGGAUGACCAUCGCGAACUACAAGAAAUUUCUGAUAGAGGUGACGGAAUACCAGGACGUCAUGGGCAGAAUACGCGGGAAGCGAGAUCUUGCCAAAUCCAUGCGACUGAGACAUAGGUUCGCCAUUCAUCCCGGGCUUGGUGACGUUGGGAAAAACUGGAUGAGGAAAAAGAAGAUGGCGGCUUACCAAGACUAUUAUUUCUCACCACGGUUGUAA